CCGAGCCCCGGGCAGAUGAGAACUUCCAGCAGGAGCAUUCCCGGCGCUGCCGGGCUCUCGGACCGCUGCCCAGCCGGAGGAGCCCGUGGGAGCCGCAGCUCCAGCCCCAGAUCAGGUUGCAGCCCUGCCUCGGGAGCUCUACACCACACCCCUCCAGCGUGCAUUGGUAGCGCAGGAUCGCGUUCAGCCCUGAUGCAGGAAUUCCCUCUUGCUUCAAGAGCUGUUUGUAGGAGUUUGGUGUGCUUGGAAAGCAGCAUUUACAACCUUCAUAAAAGCAGAAAGAAGGUGGGAGUUUAAAUCUGAAAGAGUGACAUCAGGGAAGAUGAAGGGAAGAAAAGAGGGACAUUUCUUACCUUCACCCUUUAUCUUGCUGCUCUUCUGUAUCGCCGGGCGCACAACUGCUGAGCUGGAUGGCAGCAAAGAAGAGCAUGCUGUGGGUGCUGGUUUGCCACCACUGAAGCUCGUGCACUCGUUCUGUGCCAUGAAAGCAGAUGAUGGCCCAUGCAAAGCCAUCCACAUCCGCUAUUUCUUCAACAUCAAAAGCCGCAAGUGUGAAGUAUUUGAAUAUGGUGGAUGCCACGGCAAUGAGAACAAUUUCCUAACGCUGGAGGAAUGCCAGGAGAAGUGUGUGGCAAAAGAAUUUCCUCAGAAGAUGGCGUUAACAAAAAUUAAGAAAGGACAGCCUGAUUUCUGCUUCCAUGCCCAAGAGCCGGGGGUCUGCCGCGGGUAUUUUACCAGGUACUUCUACAACAAGGAGACAAAAUUGUGUGAGGCAUUCAAGUAUGGUGGGUGCCUAGGAAACCAGAACAACUUCAGGAGUUUGGAGGAAUGCCAGACUACCUGCCAAGACAGCUCAAAUUUAUUGCCAGCUGAAGAGCAUCCUAGCACUGUGAGCAGCAGUUCUCCAGCUGAAGAACAUCCCAGCACUGUGAACAGUAGUUCCCCAGCAGAAGAACAUCCCAGCACUGUGAACAGCAGUUCCCCAGCAGAAGAACAUCCCAGCACUCUGAACAGCAGUUCCCCAGCUGAAGAACAUCCCAGCGCUGUGAACAGCAGUUCCCCAGCAGAAGAACCCAGCCAGUCUCCUGAGAUUUUUGUUAAUUUGUUGCCAGCUGCUCCAAACGAGAAGUCCAACACCCUGAAUAGUAGUUCUGCACAGGAGGAGCCCAACCAGUUCCCCAUUUUUUUUGAAAGCAGGAGAGAACUUUUCAACAACUCUCAGAAAAAUGAGGUUGUAAAAUGGAAACAUUUGGGAGAGAAACUCAAGAACAGGUAUAACAGCUCAAUUUUCUGUUCCAUCACAUUCAUAGAUACAGCACUAGGAACUGGAGCUGAACAGAGACAACUCACCUGCUGUAAUGUCCUGGUGACAGAGUUUACACACUGCCUCACAGGCUUCCACAUUGUCCUGCCAAAAGACAUGCUGGGCAUGACACAGGGAAUGUUUUCUGCUUACCUAAAAGAAGUCAAGUCUUUUAAUGAUCAGUACAUUGAAAUAAAUUUAUAAUUUUUAUGAGCUUCAGCAUAGAGGAAAUGAUGAUGAGUUAUUUAGUUUUUAUUUUAAAAUAAUCUUGUGUUGAAAAAAAAUGGCUCUAGAUGGCAAAAUUAAGAGAUUUUCUUCACAGGCUUGUUGCUUCUGUGAGUGAAGAACAUGCAGGUAUUUUGAAGAUAAUUGUGUUUGGUAUUUAGGGGAUUUAUCUGACAGUGAUGUAAGGAAUAGCAUAAUUUUUGGGAAAAAUACAAGAGGGAUUCUGAGUAGCACCUGGCUCUCUCUGGUGCACUUUAUGUACACAGCCCCUGUUUACCUCAUCACUGGCUCCAUGGUUCCCCCAAAUCUUGCAGUCAUUGUGAGAACUCCUUCAUGAGGGGACUGUGGACUCCCUGGAUAAUUCUACAUCACAGAUAAGUAAUUUACAUUACAAAGUGAAUGUUUGAAUUCUCUGUUAUAAUUAACAAGCCUGUGCUGUUUGGCCCUUUGCUCACUGGCAAACCUUUCUGCUCUGUUCUUUGUGGGUUCAGAAACUGGCAGGUUAAAAUAGGUAUGCUAUGCUGAACAUAUGCUUUGAAAACUAACAUCCUCUCCAGCUAGAGAGAGAUGAAAUUAGUUCCAGGCCCAAGAGUUCUCAGAGCAGUACCAAAAGCAUUGCCUUAGUUAAUUGAACUACCAUUUUCAUAAUAAAAAUCAGUAGUUUUAAUAUAGUUUUUUCACACUGUGGGCUUCUACUCUGAACUCAGAGUGAAAUUUAGUCUUGCAAUUAUGAAAAGUUAAGAGGUUCUCAUUUUAUAACUAGAAACUAACUUAGUAUAUCUUGAAAAGGCAACUCAUUAUUCAGUUUUAAAUUUACA